AUGAUGCCACUACUGCUGAUAUUACGACUGCUCACACUCACAGUUGUUCUAUUAGUAGUAGGAGUCACGGCACAAGACAACAAUCCUGCUGCUGCUCCCACCAUUCCGCGUCCCAGUAGCAGUGGUGGUGGUAGUGGUAGUGGCGGCGGUAUCAUUGCAGCAACCACAAGGCCAUCCAUGGUUCCAACCAUGCCUCCCUCGGAAAGUCCUAGUAGUCAACCUACGAACAUGCCUUCCAACACGCCAACCGCCACCACCACCAUGGAACCAACCGAAUCGCCUUCCACGUUUCCCACCAUAACAGAACCAUUUUUGUUUCAAAGGCCGUUGCAGAAAAUUCAAUUGCGAUUGGUAGGUGCCUUGAAUGUUGCUCGACAGGACGAAUUGUUGGAUACCCUUCAAGGUAUAUUGCAAACUGCUUUUUACGAUGCCAUGGUGGAUUCCUUUCUUGAUCCAAAUAUUAUUGAUGAUAGUGAUGGCCAUGAUAGUCAAACUGACAAGGAUACGAAUGCAACUGCUGGAUCCAACAACUCGACUAAUACUACGAUGAGACGACGGAUCCAGCAAGAUGGCGACAACAGUACCAACAACAGUACUAGUACCAGCACUACUUCUAGUAUCUUGUACAAGGUGUCCUUGGAAUGGACCUUUGCCAAAUUUCAAGUGAAUGGGGAUCCCUUUGUCCACAUUCUACAAGCGAGUGGGACCUUGGGGUUUACAAACUAUGAUUAUGUACUAUUGCAUCCGCAAACCAUUUUGCCACUCCAACAACAAGUCAUGGGAUUGACAACAACAAGCAAUGAUGAUACUAACAACAACAAUACCAUCAACAGCAACAACAACAACAAUACACAUUCCAUCAUUACAGUUUCACAAAUCGAAUUGGCCUUGAGACGUCAAGGUUUCUUUUUUCAAAUUUUGGAAUUCCAACCAUUAUUGGACGACGACGACGAAAGUAUGGAACCAUCAGCCACCAAAGCACCCACGCCAUGGAAACUGGAAUAUGAUGACGACGAUGACGACGAUCUCGAUGAGUCUGACCGCAGCGGCAACCAAACGGAGGAUACCGCGCUGGACACUAUCGAUACCUUGGAGGAUGAUGCCGAUAACUAUGACGAUGACGACGAUGGUGAUGAGGAUGAUGAUUCCAUUCGAGUCAGCAACAAGACGAUUGGGAUUGUCUUGAUUGUGGUAUGUACCGUAUCGACCCUUGCCUUUGGUAUCUUUUUAAGAUAUGUCUGCCAAAAAUCGAAACAAAUCAAGGAGGAUCGAUUGGCACGAAGUCAAGCCUUAUUGAUGGAUGCCAGUGCCACCGCUACCAAAAAGAAGGACCAAAAAAAGAAGAAGAAGAAGAACGAAGAGGAGGAAGAGGCAACACAUGACACGACAGUGCAGACAAGUUCGUCCUUGUCGGCACCGUCACCCAUUAUGACAGUGUCCAUGGCAUCUGGAGCUCCAACGCCAGUGUCGUCCGCAGAAGAAGAUAGUGAUAGAAGAAGCAGCAGCAGCAGCAAUAGGAACAAGAGAGCAGGUUCAUCAUCAUCGAGUGACGAGAAUAAUCACAACAAAAAUGGAUCGUCUUUCAAUUUGCCCCAACGAUUGAAUGCAGUGGUGGGAAACAUCAGUGGCAAGAAGACAAAGGAGGAACAUUUCGAGGAUGUGGAAUCAGACAACACGGAUGCAAACAAAUACGGUGUCGCCUGUAGCCAGUUAGAAGAAGAAGGAAACAAAGAACCUAGCACAACCACAGCAACAGCCACAACAACAGCAAGGAAUCUAAUUCCCAAGAUGGGCAAGUUCAACAAAAAGGACAUUUCCAAACAAUUUGCAACGUACUCAUCGCGAUUGCCAUCCGUCUUUCGAAAGGAGGAUGCCAACAACAACAGCAAUAACAACAACAACAGCAAUGCAAAUGACAAUAAGGGCAGGAGCCCAUCAUUGACUAAUAAGUCGAAAUAUAUUCGAGUGGAAAACAGCAACGACAGUGGCAAGGCAGAUCUGGAAGCUGGACAAGAAGAUUGUGUGGAGAAAGGUAUCGAGACAACUGACGCUCAACACGAAUCAUCAUCGCCAUCAACAGUAUCAUCACCCAGCAAGAACAAUGUCAUUACACGAAUCGCAGCUUCCUGGCGAUUGCGGACGUUUCGAAAGGAUGGUACUAGUAGUUCUCCAGACGAAGGAAUGGAACUAAAGAUGGCUGAUUCCAAGUCAAUGGACGAGGAAAGCCUGGACGAACCACAACCUAAUGGCGACAAUUGCAAGGAUCCUGAUUUAUCACUAUCAAAGACAAAUGCCAUAAUUGUAGUUCCAAGAAGGAGUGUCACUCCAAAAUCCACAGACGACGAGACAACCAUUCAGCACUCAACGGGUGCUGGCGAUAAAUCUUCGGAUGUUGAAAAGGAAGAAGUAGAGGAAAGUGGCAAAAGCAGUGAAGGGAAAGAUGGCCAGAAUUGUACCAACGAUUCAACAAAGGUGGGAGUUGCUGAAGAAUUGGACAGUGGCAACAGUAGUAUGGACAACCUCACGGAAUCAGAAGAAGCCAGCAAAGAUGAGAAUGGAUCUAAAGAGUCAGCAAAUGAAACGGCGUCCAAUGAACGAAAGGAGGAAUUGGAAAAUGACAACAGCACUGCGGAUAGUAAAUAA